UCUAUUUCUCAAGCAAGCCUGUUGAAAAAGAAAAGAAAAGAAAAAAAAUGGAAUCUUCAACUACCACCACAGCAGACUCACAAGAAUCAUCACCACUACCAAACGUCCUACUCAUGAAGACACCACCAGCUUUCACUCUGAUCGGAGAACAACCAUUCACUUCCACCAAAUUCCACUAUCUAAAAGCAUACGAAUCACCUCUCCCACUCCACGAAUUUCUAACCCUACAUUCUCCCUCCAUACGCGCCAUUCUUUCCUCCGGCAGUGCCGCCGUCAACGCCGGCAUCUUACAGUUUCUUCCAUCCGUCGGCGUCGUAGUCACCACCAGCGCCGGUCUCAACCAGAUUGACAUUCCUGAAUGCCGCCGCCGCGGAAUUGCAAUCGCUAACACCGGUGACGUAUAUUCUGCUGACGUGGCUGAUUUGGCAGUUGCCUUGUUGAUUGAUGUUCUUAGAAACAUCUCGGCUUGUGAUCGGUAUACUAAGCAAGGACUCUGGUCUUCCAAAGGAGAGUAUCCUCUUGGCCAUAAGCUGAGUGGCAAGCGGAUUGGAAUUGUUGGAUUAGGAAGUAUAGGAUAUGAAGUUGCGAAAAGGCUAGAGGCAUUUGGUUGCUACAUAUCAUACAACUCUAGGAAGAGAAAACCUUAUGUUUCAUACACUUUCUAUUCAAAUGUAUGUGAGCUUGCUGCCGAUUGCGAUGCUUUAAUUAUCUGCUGUGGCUUGACUGACCAAACAUUUCAUAUGAUUGAUAAAGAAGUACUGUUAGCACUGGGGAAGAAUGGAGUGAUUGUUAAUAUCGGGCGUGGAAGUAUUAUUGAUGAAAAGGAAUUGGUGAGGUGUUUGGUGGAAGGAGAGAUUGCUGGUGCUGGAUUGGAUGUGUUUGAGCAUGAGCCUCUUGUUCCUCGAGAGCUUGUUUCGAUGGAUAAUGUUGUGUUGUCACCGCAUGUUGCUGUUCUGACACCAGAAUCUAUGAAGCAGUUGAGUGAACUGGUGGUGGGAAAUCUGGAAGCUUUCUUUGAAAAGAAACCAUUACUUUCUGAGUAUUUAGAUGAUUGAAUGCGUUUAAAAGCAUUUUAGUGUCACAAGUAAGUUUCUUAAUUUACUCUCUGUCCAUUGCUCUGGAAAGCUAUUUAAAUUGUUUCUUGAAAGAGAUCAUAAUUUGGUACAUAAUUACUUUAACAUAA